AUGUGGACUCUAUUCUGCUUCGCAUUAUUCUUAAAUUCAGUAUUUGCUGCGCCUGGUUACCUCGGUUAUGGCGGUUAUGGCGGUUAUGGUGGUAUAAGCGCUAUACCUGCGAUUUCUGCAUUGCCUACAAUAGCACACGCUCCAGCUAUAGCAGCAGUUCCAGCUAUCGCAGCUGCGGUACCAGUUGCUACAGGCCCUGUUGUAUCUAAAACUGAAUAUCAUAUUUCUCAUCCACCAUCUGCUCCUAGAAUUGCAGCAAUUAAGACAGUUGCACCUGCAAUUGCAAUCCAACCAGCUAUUCAUAUUCCACAACCAAUUAUCCAAAAGACAAUUUUACCAGCAGCUCCAGCGAUAGCAAUUGGGCAUUCUGGCCUUGGUGGUCUUGGUCUUGGUGGACUUGGGCUUUCUGGAUUUGGACAUUAUGGAUUUGGACAUUCUGGACUUGCGUCAACAAUUCAUAUUUAA